AUGGACGUAUUUCAAGCAGCACUGGUCGCCUAUGUUCAGCUGGCACCCGCUUGUACUAUGCCAGCCUCGGGUGCACUUUGCUCGACAUUCAGAUGGCCAUCGAUUUUCUACGCUCAUGGUGCUGUGUCAUUGUUCCUUUUUAUCACGUAUGGCUUGUUCUACCGUAAUUCGCCCGGAAAGCAUCCAUUUGUUGGCAACGUCGAACUGCGCAAGAUCAGUGUUGGAAAAAUCGGUAACGUCGAGUGA